UGCCCUCGUUGGAUGGAAAGGGGCGGGGACGCCAUUUUUUCUGCCGCUCGCGCCCUGUGAUGGGCGAGUAACGCCACAGAGAGGGAGAGAGAGACAGAGAGUGAGGGAGAGCGUUGGAGAGAAAGAAGGCAUGGAUGAAGACGAGCACGAGGUGUACGGGGGAGACAUCCCCGACAUGGAGGGAGACAUGGAGGUUCACCAGCCCGACGUCGACAUGGCCCGUCCCGAUGACGACGACGCCGCGGCUAAGGAGCUUGACGAGAUGAAGAAGAGACUGAAGGAGAUGGAGGAGGAGGCCGCGGCUCUCCGGGAGAUGCAGGCAAAGGUUGAGAAGGAAAUGGGUGCUGUUCAAGACCCAGCCAGUGCUGCUGCCGCACAGGCAGGCAAGGAAGAAGCUGAUUCUCGUUCAGUGUUUGUUGGCAAUGUGGAUUACUCGUGCACCCCUGAGGAAGUUCAACAGCAUUUCCAAUCUUGUGGAACUGUUAACAGGGUUACAAUUUUAACUGACAAGUUUGGCCAGCCAAAAGGGUUUGCAUAUGUGGAAUUUCUGGAAAUAGAAGCUGUUCAGAAUGCCCUUCUCCUCAAUGAAUCAGAGCUACAUGGCCGUCAACUAAAGGUCUUGGCUAAAAGAACCAACGUUCCUGGGAUGAAGGCAUAUCGUGGUCGUCGGUUCAACCCUUAUCUUACUCGAUACAGGCGGCCCUUCAUGCCACCCCCAUAUUUCUAUUCACCUUAUGGAUAUGGAAAGUUUCCCAGAUACAGGAGGCCGAUGCGUUACAGGCCGUACUACUGAAGCCGAGAUACGAGGGAGGCGGGAUAUGUAAUGGCAAUUUCUUAGGGCUUGCUUUUUUACUAGUUUUUAUGGCUUCUACUGCCUGCUAAAGACAUAUUUGGGCCUGAUUUAGCAAACCUCGAGUUCAAGGAAUAACUUGUUUUGUGGUCACGCUUAAGGACAGUUCGGUUCAUAGCUGCCGAGCGAGGUCCGCCUAUGGACGGUCAUGUACGAAUUGGAUAUAUAACGUUUAUAAUAGAGACUUGAAUGUGUCCGCUCUUUGAAUGAUGAAA